GCUCUCCGGGCUCCGGCCCGGCCCCGCUCUCCGGCUCCGGCCCGGCCCCGCGCCGACCCCGGCCAUGACCCCGUCCAGCCGGCAGCAGGGCUCCUGGCUCCGUGCCGUGCCCGCCUGGCCCCGCUGGUUCCCGGCACGCCGGCCUCGCACAGCGGCACAUGGCGGCCCUGCGGGCGCUGCUGCUCCUCGGGCUGCUCCUGGCGGCGCGGGGGCACGGGGCGCACAGACGGCGGCCGCCCCCUCCCCAGAGUGCGCUGGAAAGAGUGAAGGCUCAAGAGGGGCUCAGCCUUCACCAGCUCUCAGGGAAGUGGUUCCUGGUCGGCAUGGCCUCCCGCUGCAGCUACCUGGCAGAGCACAGCCACCAGCUGGAGGCCACGACAGUGACAAUGACCGUCCUGGACGGGCAGAGCCUGGCCAUCAGCACCUUCAGGAAGCUGGACAGGAUGUGCUGGGAAAUCAGGCAGCACUACCUUCCCGCCCAGGCUCCUGGACACUUCCUGCUGAAGGGCCACAGGAAAAGCAGCAAAGUGGAUGUGGUGGUGGGUGAGGCUGACCCCAGCAGCUUCGCCAUCCUCUAUUACCAGAAGGGCCGCAGCAUCUCUGUUAAGCUCUAUGGACGGAGCAGCCUGGUCAGCGACGCCAUCGUGGACAAGUUCGAGCAGCGCGUCAGGGCUGUGGGUCUGAGUGAGGAUGUCACCUACUACUUCCCCACCUAUGGGUUUUGUGACUCUGCAGAUGAGUUUCACGUCCUCGAUGAAACGAAGCUGUAGGUGCAGAUGGAGUUGCCAGGGGUCCCAGAGCUCAGCCCUCACCUCAGCCAGCUGCCCAUGGCCACACGACCUGAGCACCUCAGCCCCUCCAGCUGUGCUGGCAGCUGCGUCUGUCCUUGUCCUGUGCCCCCAGCUUGUGUCCCCCCUCUGCUCUGUGCCCCACUCUCCUGCAGGAGCCAGCAACACCCCAAUAAACGCCUCAGAGAAGA